AUGAGGCCCGACGCGCGCGUCGCGGGGUCCAACACUCGGCUCCCCACGACCUCCGGGCCGCCAGCGUCGUCGCUGCACACAUGCGAUGCAGCAGGCACACUCCAUCAGCACAACGCACCGCCGCACCGGCACGAGCGCCCUCUCCACGCGCCGCCCAAUGCCAGGCACCGUAGGCAACGCAUCGUACCCGACCGCCUUGCGCAGCGACAAUACCGGCGGAGCGAAGCGCCCCUGACCGCACCAUCACCCGUAACGCCCAGCGGCUUCGACAGCAACGAUGCAGCAACUGCCGCGUCAGGGACACGACGCGGGGAGCACCAGUAG